GCCAUUUGUAGGUAUUGUGAAAGAAAAGGCGAGCGGAGAAGAGGAGUUUCCGUUAUCCACAUUGUCAAUAUCUCUCUUGGAAAUUAAAAAUAGAAAAAUCCCCAGUUUCAAUCAAAAUUUUAUUUCCGGGAUCAAAUCUUUAGUUUUUGUAGUCCGAAUUCAUUGUCAGUCUUUGGUUGCGAGAAAAAAUGGUUUCUGAUUCAGUCACCAACGCUUCGAUUCCGUCUAACCCCAACUGCAAGGAUUUCGGCAAGAAAAAGAGGACUAAUAGGACUGCCAAAUUGAAGCAGUACAAGCUCGACGCUCGCCGUGAGCAAUGGCUUUCACUAGGUGCGGUGAAGAGCAGGGGAUGCAAGGACGGAUUAGGAGAUGGCCGGAAAGAGAGGGACAGGUCCUUGCUGAAUUCAAGGCAAAGAGAUGAGGACAAUAACAACGAAAGAUCGAUCCAUCAUGAGAGCGACUCAGAGUCCCCGUCGAACAGCCCAAUUAACAGCCCCUUAAGUAGCGGAGGAACGGAUUCGGCUACAAAUUUUGGCGGAAGCAGUAGUAGUAGCAGUAGCAGUAGCAGCAGCGGUAGUAGUGUUUGCGAAAGCAGCACUGGUGGCUGUUGUUCUGGUAGCAUAACGGAAGAGGAAGAUGAUUGUUUGGACGAUUGGGAGGCUGUGGCUGAUGCUCUUGCGGCGAGUGAUGAUAAAAAUAACAAUAAACCGCAAGGGGAACAUGAUAAACCCUGUCACCAAUCACCCUCCGAGAGUCAUUUAAGUGUUCAGUCGGAUUCUCCGCAUGAGUUGACCUGUGAAUUUGGUUUAGAUUCUGUCAACUCAAUGGCUGAUAGUGCGACAGUUGUACCAAGAAGAUCUGGGAAUAAUAUGCGGGCAUGGAGACCGGAUGAUGCUUUUAGACCUCAGAGUCUGCCUAACUUGGCAAAGCAGCGGAGUUUUCCUGCUUCUGGCCGGCAUUUUGUUCAAGGUGGGGUUCCAUGGACUUGCAACAAUGUUUUAACAGUGCCCUCUUCUUGUCCUAUAUGUUGUGAGGAAUUGGACUUCACGGACUCAAAUUUUUUGCCCUGUUUGUGUGGUUUCCGACUCUGCUUGUUUUGUCACAAGAGGAUUCUUGAGGAGGAUGGGCGGUGUCCUGGCUGCAGGAAGCCAUAUAAGCCCGAUGAAAUCGAGUUGGAGGCAACUGUGCAAGGAGGCAGCCUGACAUAUCGGCUUGCCCGUUCCUAUAGCAUGAUUGCAAGGUCUUAGGAAGUGGAAUUGUCUUGGUCCCUAUUUUCUUGAAUUAAGUAUGUUGUGUCUAUCUUUUUCAAAUGCUUUUUCUGUGUUGGUAUGUUAGAGUUAGAUUCAUUUCAUAGACAUUUUUGAUGUUGAUAUAGGGUUAUUGUCUUUUUGCACCCGGGAAUUGAGCUGCUUCUCUUAUGAGUUUGGUUCUUAUUUGUAUGGUGCAUGUGCUAAUGUAGAGGACUAAAAGUUGCUAUUAUGUGAAUAGACAAGGUGGUAUAGAAAUCGAAUACAUAAAAAACUGAUUAUAAUAACUGUUUUAUGGUUCA